AUGACGGACAAAGCUGUACCAGGUACGCCAGCUGCGGCUGCGGUAGAGGCAUCACGCCCGAGUCAUGAAAGCGACGUCAAGGUCUUGGAGGUGCGUCAAAUCGAGGGCAUUGAUGCGACGCAUGCCGCCAUCAUGGCCACGAACAAGCCAAACCAGUGGGGCAAGGGCUAUGUGAGAUUAUACAUGCUGGCGGCAUGCAUCUUUCUGAAUUCUACGAUGAACGGGUUCGAUGCAUCACUGCUGGGCUCAAUCAAUGCCCUUCCCAAUUACACGUCCUAUUAUAAUUUGCCGAGCAAAGGUGCAACGAGUACGGGUAUUGUGUUUGCAAUCUAUCAGGUUGGACAAAUGGUUGCCUCAUUCUUCAUUUGGAUUGCGGAUUGGCGGGGACGCAAAGCCCUCAUCUUUAUCGGAGCACUGGGAGUUUGUGUAGCCACUGUUAUCACGGCGACUGCAAAGACGCUCUCUGCUUUCAUUGGUGGCCGCUUUCUUCUCUCGUACUUCGCUACAUUGGCGCACAUGGGUGCAGUCCUUUACCUCGUCGAGAUGGCACCCACGAGAUAUCGCGGAACACUUGCUGGAUUGUACAACACCUUCUAUUACUUUGGGUCCAUCCUGGCGACGUCAGCUGUCUACGGAGCUCACUUGCACCUGCCGCAUAAAGGCAAUGAUGACUGGCGAAUCCCUCUCUGGCUGCAGAUGGUUUGUCCUGCCAUUGUAGCUUCUAUCGUCUUGUUCUUCCCAGAAUCUCCAAGAUGGCUUGUUGCAAAGGACAGGCAUGAAGAAGCCGAAGCAAUCAUUGCACGGUACCAUGCAAAUGGUGACGCGGACCACCCCCUCGUAAGCUUGGAGAUGAAAGAGAUGAUAGCCUCACUACAAUUCGAGGGCAUGACUACCUGGAAGGACUUCUUCAAUUACAAGGCCUUGGUCAAGACAAGAGGACGCAGAUAUCGAUUGAUGUUGAACGUGACUUUUGCUUGGUUUGGUCAAUUCUCGGGCAACAAUAUCGUGUCGUACUACCUGCCAACGUUGCUCACCAAUGUCGGUAUCAAGGAUACUAACAUGAAACUGCUCAUGAACAUCAUCUAUGCCCUGGACGGCUGGAUCUUUGCGACUGUGGGCACCCGUUUCCACGACGUGAUCGGCCGCAGAAAGAUGUUUAUGAUCUCAACCAUGGGGAUGGCCAUCGCCUUAGCGAUCACAGCAGCCACCGCCGCCAAAUUCGUCCACACUGGUAGCACGACAGCAUCUUCUGCCAGUAUCUCCUUCAUCUACAUCUUUGGUGGGAUUUUCGCAUUUGCAUUCACGUCCAUGCAGCCAAUUUACCCCACUGAAGUCAUGUCCAACGACAUGCGUGCGAAAGGAGCUCAAUCAUAUAAAUUGAUUUCCGGUGCCUCGGGGUUUUUGAAUACAUUUGUCGGUCCAAUUGCACUUCAGAACUUUGAGAAUCAAGCAUUAGUAUUGAAACCAAAAGCUGAUUUUCGAGUCCAGAUCGGCUAUUGGUUCUAUGUGUUCUUCGUCUUCUGGGAUCUUUUCGAAUUUGUCUUCGUCUAUUUCUUCUACGUUGAAACCAAGGGGGUCUCACUUGAAGAAUUGGAAGUCAUCUUUGAAUCCAAGAAUCCCCGCAAAGCGAGCACUGCCGUGAAGACUCUGAAACAUACGACCGUGGUCAAGCACGACGGUAGUGCCGAGACUGAAGCCAAGGCGGUGGUUUGA